AUGGAUAUACAUCACUUGAGCUUGCAUGCCCGCACAGAUGGGGCGGAUACUUUCCUCGAGCUGAUUGCUAAUCCAUUUCGUUCUGCAUUUACAGUUACUGCUAUUUGGGCCUCGCUAGGUACCUCGAUCGGCGUCACCGUCCUCCUCGCCCUCCUCUUUUCCCUUGUUCGACCCCGUCACUCGCUUGUCUAUGCGCCCAAAGUCAAGCAUGCAGACCUCAAACACACUCCGCCCCCGGUGGGCAAGGGCUUCUUCGCCUGGGUUAAACCGGUUAUCAAUACACGGGAACCGCAGUUGAUCGAGACAGUCGGCCUGGAUGCCGCAAUCUUCCUUCGCUUUACAAAAAUGUGCCGAAAUAUCUUCAUCUUCCUUAGCAUAAUCGGCUGCCUCGUCAUGAUACCGGUUAAUAUCACACAGAGCAAGAAUACUACCGACUCAUCGGCAUCCUCCGCCUUCAACAUGAUGACACCCCUCAACAUCACCAAUCCCACGGCUAUUUGGAGUCAGGUCGUAUGCGCCUGGGCUUUUGAUCUUAUUGUUGUUUUCUUUUUAUGGAGGAAUUAUCGCGUUGUACGGAAUCUGCGGAGGCAAUAUUUCCAAAGCUCCGAAUACCAGCGCAGUCUGCAUGCUAGAACUUUGAUGAUCACCGACAUCCCUCCCAAUAGCCGUACCGACGAAGGUAUUCUUCGGCUGACCGACCAGGUCAAUCCGACCGCGGCCCUCCCACGAGCUGCGAUUGGCCGUAACGUCAGGGACUUGCCCCGAAUUAUCAAAGAACACGAAGAGGUUGUCCGACAACUCGAGUCCGUUUUGGCCAACGGCAGAGUAGACGCGAUCGAUUAUCUAUCCGUCCGAAUUCGCGUCUUGGAAGAGGAAAUCAAGCACGGACGGGCGUCGAUUGAUCGCCGGAACGCGAUGCCCUACGGCUUUGCCAGUUGGGACAACAUCGAGCAUGCUCAUGCUGUGGCGUGGAACUCUCGCCGCAAGCACCCCGAGGGCACCACCAUUGAUCUUGCGCCGCGGCCCAGCGAUAUCAUCUGGGAAAAUCUACCACUUACAAAAUCAGCACGCAAAUGGAAACGACUGGUCAAUUUUGUCUGGGUGACAUGCCUGACCGUUGUGUGGAUUGUUCCUAACGGACUGAUUGCCAUUUUCUUGUCCAACUUGUCAAAUUUGGGAUUGGUGUGGCCGGCGUUCCAGACCUCGCUCUCAGCGAACCCAAAUGUCUGGGCUGCUGUCCAGGGUAUUGCGUCGCCUGCACUAACCUCGCUCGUUUAUCUGGCGCUUCCGAUCAUCUUCCGUCGACUUUCUAUCCAAGGUGGCAGCAAGACUAAAACAUCUCGAGAGCGUCAUGUGCUGGGACAUCUGUAUGCGUUUUUCGUUUUCAACAAUCUGAUCGUAUUUUCACUCUUCUCGGCUGCUUGGUACUUUGUGUCGUUCGUGAUUGACAAAACCAACAACCACGAAGACGCUUGGCAAGCCAUCUUGGAAAGCCGGAUGUAUGCCAAGUUGGUUAGCGCGUUGUGCACCGUAUCACCGUUUUGGGUGACGUAUCUUUUGCAGCGUAAUCUCGGCGCCGCUAUUGAUCUUGUGCAGCUCGUUACCAUGGUUUGGGUUUGGUUCGCAAAGACCUUUCUCUCGCCGACACCCCGACAGGCGAUUGAGUGGACCGCACCGCCACCAUUCGACUACGCCAGUUACUACAACUACUUCCUCUUCUAUGCCACCGUGGCUCUUUGUUUCGCUACCUUGCAGCCGAUUGUACUACCGGUGACGGCAUUGUACUUUGGUGUGGACGCCAUGUUGAAGAAGUAUCUGCUGAUGUACGUGUUUAUAACCAAGAAUGAGUCUGGUGGUGCAUUUUGGCGAGUUUUAUUCAAUCGCCUGAUCUUCGCUACUAUUCUUGCCAAUGUGAUCAUCGCCCUUGUUGCCAAGGCGAGCGGCACGUGGACCAUGGUGUUCUGCGUGGUUCCCCUACCGUUCAUGAUGCUUGGGUUCAAGGUCUAUUGCAUGAAGACGUUUGACUCCGAUUGCGAGUUUUACAAUCGCGCAAACUUAAGUGACGCCGAAGCCCUGGGCGUGAACAAAUCCGACAAGAAGGCCUCGGACCGUCUGAACUCCAAGUUCGGACACCCUGCCCUGUACAAACCACUUUUGACACCUAUGGUGCACGCCAAGGCAGCCGAGGCACUAAAGGACAUCUACCAGGGUCGUCUGGACCAGGGAGACACGGGCGGCGAGUACUCUGACAUCGCAAUGAACCCGAUGCUCGCAUCCCAGCCCGGCAAGUCCGCCGAGCAUUCGCCAUUCGAGGUCGUCCCAGAGAACCAGCUAGACUUCUCGUAUUACAAGGAUCGAGCAGAUUUCCGCGACGAGUUCGGAGGUGGCAUCUACGGCCGACCCGAGGACCUGAUGACAGAGCGCUCGCACACACCCCGCAGUACUCUGAGAGGCGAGUGGUCCCCCGGCUCAUCCCGUGCCUCAUCACCCGCGCCCUCUCUGCCACCAAUGCCGCUAAAUAUGCACAAUGGCUACGAGCCCCCCGAUCCGACAGGACUGAUCCACCCGGCCUUCCGUGUGCCGCUAUCGCGCGGCGACAGUGGCAACUCGGUAGACGAGGCCGAAUCCAGACUCCUCAAUCAUGCACAGACUCCCGGGCAGGUGGAUAUCACGAAUCCUCUCGAUCGCUGGCGCACUGGUGGCUAUGGACCUGUCGGCCAGGACGACGAGCCCGCGUAUGCCCCCUACGACGCUUACCGCCCACAUUGA